ACACACACACACACACACACCGGGUUUAUGUUUACUGUGUCGCCACCGGGGAAGACAGAAUGAUUAAUUAGCGCAAAGUGAGGCAGCGCAGCCGUUAACGCGACAACAACUCACCGGCUGUCAAGGCGCUGCGUUUUGGUGAAGCUGCGGUGAAAGUCGCGGCGGUUACACAGUGCGGGAAAUUAACGUUAACUCAGACGCCCCCUGCUCAACGGAUUUUGCAACGGCUGUUUUUUUUCUGGUGCUUUUUUACCCACAGUCAGUCAGUCAGUCAGUCAGUCAGUCAUGUGAUUGUAACGUAAAACCCCUAACCGGAAAACACCGACGGACGACCCUCUCCGCCGCCAACGAAUGCUGCGUUUGCGAGGAACAGAGCCCAGCGAGCAGCAGCCAGCCCAGAGGACGGACCGGAGUCCCCGGGAACAAACAAACAACAGCGACACGGCGAAAACUCCGCGGAUUCAAGAGGAGAACAAGCCAAACAAAGGUUGAAGAAUGGAGUUGGCCAACCAUGGUCUUAUCCUUCUGCAGCAGCUUAAUGCUCAGAGGGAGUUUGGCUUCCUGUGUGACUGCACUGUGGCCAUAGGAGAUGUCUUCUUCAAAGCCCACAAGGCCGUGCUGGCUGCCUUCUCCAACUAUUUCAGAAUGCUCUUCAUCCACCAGGACAGUGACUGUGUGCGCCUGAAGGCUGCUGACAUACAGCCAGAUAUCUUCAGCUACCUCCUCAACCUGAUGUACACAGGCAAACUUGCUCCCCAGUUGAUAGACCCUGCACGGCUGGAACAGGGCGUCAGAUUCCUGCACGCCUAUCCGCUCUUGCAGGAGGCCAGCCAGUCGGUGUAUUCCCACCCUGAGCACAGCCUCAACCUCUCCACUUCCCUCUAUGGCAUCCAGAUAUCUGACCAGCAGGUGGCCCUGUCAGCCAGAGUGGCCACGCGACGCCAACUGUCUUCACCCUUUGAUGCGGAGCAGCUCAGCUCAGAGGGGAAGUAUCCGUCCACUUCAUCUGUCACAGCAGCGUACACUAAUUCAUCCACGUCCAAGGCAGCUUCGUCACCCCAGGAGAUGGAGGCCACCACCAGCGGUCUUCAGUCCGCGACUGAGGAGCAGAGAACGGACUUGCUAGCCACAGAUAGUUCCUCAGCCAGUGCCAUUCUCCAUGUGAAGCCCAGCAUCAUGAAGAGGAAUGCAUCCUUCAGAAAGCAUUACUCCUGUCAUCUGUGUAGGAGUCGCUUCAACCAGAGAAGCCUGCUGAGAGAGCACCUCCUCCAGCACACCCAGGCUCUGCAGCAGACCCUGUCUGAGACCAGUGAUGCACUGUCCCCUGUCAUGCCUGGAGAGCAGACAACGACAGAGGUUGAAGAGGUCCUAAGUGGAAGCAAAGCUGGGUCAAGUCAGUCGACAUCCACAGCGGCAGUCGAGAUUAUUAGUGACAGCGAGCAAACGCCCGUCUCAGGUGCCAACUUGGACUCUCCCAGAGCGGAGGUGACCACUUCCAGCUGGGGGGUCGGGGGUUUUCAGUCCCAGGCAGACACGCCUCCUCCGUCAGACAUUGCGGACAUCGACAACCUGGAGAGCGCCGACUUAGACCGGGAAGUGAAGCGCCGAAAGUACGAGUGCUCCACCUGCGGACGAAAGUUCAUUCAGAAGAGCCACUGGCGCGAGCACAUGUACAUCCACACGGGCAAGCCCUUCAAGUGUAGCGCCUGCGGCAAGAGCUUCUGCCGUGCCAACCAGGCGGCCCGCCAUGUGUGCCUGAACCAGGGGGCCGAUGCCUACACCAUGGUAGACCGACAGAGCAUGGAACUGUGCGCUGCUGGUGACGACAACAGCCAGAUGGAGGCGCUGUUCUUGAGCUCGUCAAAGCCCUAUAAGUGUAACAUUUGUGAGACCACUUUCUCCAGCCCCAAUGAGGUGAUCAAACACCUGUGCUUCACCCAAGGGGCGUUAGCUGGGCUGCAGGGGCCCACGGGUGCAGGGCUGCUGCUUCCACGUGAGGAGUUUUCCAAAGAUGAAGGCUCUGAUAUGUCCAACUCUGGCACCGUAUUAGCACCCAUAAAGACUGAGGAGAUCCUUGUAGAGUAGUACCAAAUUACGUUUUUGUCCUUUUAGCAUAUAUGUUUAUUUUCUAAAUUAUGGUUAUAGGUAAGCUAAAGGUGCAGUUAGUCAGGGUAUGUAUGUUGGAGGCUCUCUAUAUCUACUUAAACUGAUUCUUUGGUACCAUAUUGGAUUUUUUUUAGGUUCUGUUAAACAUGACAGAAAGUUAAAUAUAUAGCCUAUAGCUAUCUUUGGGGUUUAAUCCAGCUUCACUUCAACAAUAAAAUAAUUUCACUCGAGGCAAAGUUCAGUGCCAGUGAGGCAGUGGAAGUAACUAUCUCUUGUAUUCCCUGUUGGUGUUGCACAGUCGUAUUGGCCUCUCACACGUUAGGCUUUCACACAUUGGUUUCUAUUUAAAGUUACCGUUGACUGUGGUCAAGCUGCACAGGCAGGCUUUCAGUUUGAAAGGAAGAGGAAGCCGAGGCAGUUCCGGAGGACGCAGCAUGUUGUUAGAUGCCGCUCUACAUUUCAGCAGGAGCAAGAGAGGCGUUGACUGCAAACGUUUGUUCAGUGGCUGUGCGGCAGACUUGUUUCUCCAUGGGCAAAAUGGAGUGGAUCAAGAUCAGGCAUACCAGUAUGAGCUAAAAAGCACAGCGUGUAUUUAGUCAAUCUAUAAUUUCCUCCAUUUGCCAUUUCGGUGGAGUUGUAGCUCAGUAGAAUGGUUACCAUGUAAUGUAAUAUCAUGGUCAUUAUUUGCAUCCUUUCAAGCAGCUACAUAGUUUUAUUUUGACUGUGCCAAGUGUGAGUACGGCUCCCACCUGAGAAUAUGAUAUUAAAGCACAAUACCCACCCAUGAUGAGUGUUUGGCCUUUGGAUAGAUGCUGUUGGUCACAAUGGAAACCCCUAGAGCAACCUUAGAGUGAAUGUUGUGUUUUGUUUAUGUUUGCAGCUGUGCCAGUUAAUACGUACCCCCUUUUUUUCCUACUUUUUUUUUUUGUGUGUUGUGUAACACAUGGGUCUGUGUUUGAAAAAACAUGUCUAUACAGCUUGAAGGGAGCUGUCAGUCCUGUAUGGUAUAGUACAACUUUGCCAGGCCAUUUGCUGGAAUCUACUCUCAAAAGCCCUUCAUGCUUUUCUAAUUUUAUACACAGUGCUAUAUUUACAAAGAUUACAUUAUAUUGGAGAGGUUGUUUAUUAGUAGGCGAGUAGCUUUUAAAGUAGACGAGGACGUAUAGUGAAAGUUUAUGUAUUAGGGGUGGGCAUGAUAAAUUGAUCUUAAGAUUCAUCAAUAUGUAAGUCAAGCCUGAGCUUUAAUAUCAUCAAUUGGUUGAGGUUUUGUAAUAGCCUGGGUUACUGCUGUAUAAUAAUUUAUCAUAUUUUUUUAGGCUAUUCUCUCCUCCCCUCUUAACUAAUUUGUGCUGAAACCUAACUUAGUGCCCAUCUUGCUGAGUUGGUGCAAAUAUAAAAGUGAAAUAUUUUCUCUGUAUUUUAAAACCAUUCUAACUUUUUAUGUUUGUUCUUUUAAUGUUGCCCAAACAUGACAAAAUAAAUAGUUGCUAUAAUACAUGGUUUACAGAAAAAAAAAUUGUAAUUUUAUGUAGAGGUUAAGAAUACUUAAAACUGGACUAUUCCACCUGUUAGUGCAGAGAGAACAGGUUGUGAUAACAGAAAAUAACAUUUUGACACAGGGGAGAGUGAAAAUAACUUUAAUAAAAAGCAGUAGCUGCCCCUUUUUUCAGUUUGCAAAAACAACUUGAUUGUCUUCUGAUACGUCACUCAUUUCUGUAUGUUUCAAAUUUUGAUGCCAGGCAUAUUUUGGGACGAUGAGGGAUAGCUUUUCCACAUACUACUGAUAACUAAAAAUCGUGAAAUAUCUUUACGUACAUGUCCAAUAAAUGUGAAGCAUGGGAAUUCUUAAGGGGAAGUAACUGCGGAUAAUUGCAAGAUGCCUGAACAUGCAAAAUGAGACAAAAGUGCCACUAUUAGAUACAUUAAAAAGCAGGUGGCAGAUUGUUAAACCUGGUCAUUUCAAAUUUUACAAAGUACAUGUGUAAUAAAUGUGGGGGAAAAAAAACAGUACUUCUGUCUGAAGCCCCGCCCCACCUCUCCUGAUGUCACCAACAAUUUCCAACUAUCUCAAACAAAUCAGAUGAAAUCUAAAAAUAAUUUUGAUUGUGACUGAGUGAUAAUCUAACAUCACUUCAGGAGUUGGAGUGUUUUCCUAAACCUUAAGACAAUUUGAAUGCGUAGAUAAUGUAUUACUCACCAUUAAACUAUCAACAUGUUGUCCUGCCAGUGGGAAACAUGCUACAUUGUUUUGUUUAUUGCUUUGAGCUUGUUCUUGUUUUUUGUUGUUUUUUGUUUUUUCUUUAGGGGGGGGAUAUUGUUUCUAACUUAUUCAGUCUAUUCGUAAGGCUGCAAAAACCAAAAAGUAUUGUAUUUUCUCUGCCAUAUGCCAAAUUUCAAGCCUACCCAGUGGGAACCCGGUGCAAACUUUGUUCUUGGUCCUUCUCCAGAUGAGGAUUCAGUGCGUCUCAGUUUUAUUAGUAUUUCCUUUGCCUGACACAAGUGCAAGUGCAAAGUGAUUUACAAACAAUUGCAGCAAUGUCAGAGUAGCAGGCUGCGAAUUUGAUGACGCAUACUAAUGAAUAUAUGCAUCAAAUAAAAUUGAUAUUUUCAAUGUAAGUUUCAAAAUGCCCAUCCCAAGUAUGUUUAGUAUGCAUUUAAAUUGUCAAUCUAUUUUUCUCCUAACCCAAAGCCUGUAUGUUACUGAGCAGCCGUCUAAUUUUAUGCAGCCUGAGUAUAAAAAUCAUAAAAUCAUUUGCAUUGCUGUUUGUGUAUCAAAUAACAGUUUGUGGCUGUGAGGAUGAAGGGCAGUGUCAUCUUGGCUCAAGCAGCUGAUCCAAUAUUGUUCGUGCUCAAAAGCCUCCAGUGACUGCUCUGGGGAAUGACAAUGGAGUGGCUGUCUUCUUGUUAUGUGCUAAUGUUUGGACUAGAUGGCGCAAUUUUCCAUGAUAGUCUCCUAAUGUUGUCCAGUCAGGUCUGGUUAGGGAAGAGUAGUUGCUGCCUUGAUGGUGAUUAAUGGGGAUUCAACUAAUUUUUUUUUUUUUUUUUCCAAAAAGUGACCAGUUUUUAACAUAAAUCCAAAAUCCAUCAUAUUUCAAUUAACUCACAGAGUCGUUUGUUGAUGUAAUCUUGAUGACAUUGAUCUUGUUUUGUAUUGUCAAAUGUGGAAGGAUUCUUGUCUGUCUCUCGAAUCAAGCCUGUUGUGUUUAGGCAUUUUGGAGUCCUAUACUACUGAUGUUCAUUUGUCGUACACACAAACACACACACAGCUUUACAAAUAAAGUCUGAGCCCCUCCUCGGUUUAAAUCACAGCAGCUCCCCACCCAGUCUUGGAAGUAAACGGGAGGUCUGCUUGUGUCUGAACUUCCUUUAGUAUCUCAGCAAGAUGAAAGGUUUUACAUUGUCUCUUUUGUUGCCUGAUGUUUAUCCAAACACCAGUUUCAGGGCUAGUUGGGAGGAACCCCCUCCACCCCACCCCCCCGACAGAUACUUGAGUGCGCACAAUGUCCCCCAACUCCUCAAAGCCGGUUUGACAUCUACUGUGAUAAAUCUCUGUGUUCUCAGGAACGUGAGUAAUAUUCUGUGUAAAUGACUUUUGUUUUUGUUUUUCAAUGAAGAAUGGACAAUAAAAAACAAUGUUUUUUUCA